UUGAAUUUUAAUCAUCAUCUCCUCCAAUCUUCUUAUUCAGACUUUUGAUUAAGGCUGCAAGAAACGCUUAUAAGCGAUCAGCAUGGCAUUCAAAGGAAUUGAGAUGGGUCUAGCCCUGAUCCUAGUGACCAUGCUACUGGGUCGAGCCACAGCUCAAUCAAGUUGCAGUAGUACACUCACAAGCCUGUCUCCAUGCCUAAAUUACAUUACAGGAAACUCAUCAAAUCCAUCGUCUUCUUGCUGCUCACAGCUCUCAAAUGUUGUUCAGUCAUCGCCGCAGUGCCUAUGCUCAGUGCUUAAUAGCGCCGGUUCCACAUUGGGCAUCACAAUAAACCAAACACUUGCUCUGUCUCUUCCUGGUGCUUGCAAUGUGAAAACUCCACCCAUUAACCAGUGUCAAUCAGCUGCCAAUGGACCUACAACUUCUUCAUCAAGUACUCCACCAGCAAUUUCCCCAGCUGGUUCCUCAAAUGAAACCCCUGCAGAUGCAGAUACCCCUGAAGCUGCAAUUACGCCUUCAGCUUCGGAUGUUCCUUCAACAGGAGGAUCUAAAACAGUGCCAUCAACAGACGGUAACACAUCAGAUGGAAGCAGCAUCAAAGCCCCCCUUCAUUUUGUGCUCUUCUUCAUUUUCGUGAUAUCUUGUGCUUCAAGUUUCACCAAGUUUUAAGUCUUCUAUAAAGAUUUUCGACCUGUUCUGGUCCUUGUAAUACUUCAUUACUCUUUAUUCUGAUUGUAUUUGGGAAUUUGGUUGUUCUUGAUAUCCUGUUUUUUUUUUCCCUUUCUGUUUGGAAUCUUGAGGAUGGUGAUUAUUCUUUGUACUUUUACUUAUUGAAUGCAGUAGGG